CGCGCUCGCCGUCGCCACAGCAGACUACAGGAUUUUUGAAUUGAAUUUGAACAAUUGAGUUGCCUUAGUGCGGUGAGUAGCGCGCUCCACAUUAGCUCCGGCGUUUGGCAGGCAGUUGGUGAAUCGACACUUUCGGGCCUAAAUGCAUGUUGCAUCCGUUGGUUGGCCAACAGUGGUGGUAGUGUCGCGUUGCAUGAGUGACGUGCUAUGCCGUAACGUCGUGCUUGUCUCGCUUACCUUCGUGCGCUGCGUAACGCAAUUCAAAGCAAAACCAAACAAAGCCAGCAAACGCUGAGCCAAAAAGGAUAAUAAGCAUAACGAGCGCAUAUAUUGUGACUGUUAGCAGGCCUAGCCAACUAGCGCGCUAUUGCUUAGUGCAAACAGCAAUUAACGUAAAGCGAAAGUGUUAGACGCGUUACAGUAACAUUGUAACUUGUAGCUGCAAGCGCUAGCUAUUGCAAAGUGUAGUUCAUUUGUGAUUUAUUUCGAAAGUCAAAAAUGUGUUAAAUUAAGGAACAAAAACAAGAAAAAAAAAACAACAAAAGUAUUAAUCGCAUGCCAGCACGUGUUUGUUGCUUAAGAAAGAAGUGAUUACUUUUUGUGCUGGAAAUUAUUUCGUUUUUAUUUUUUCUAAGCGCUUGCCACUCACAAUCGAGAUAUACGCUUUUUAAGCCGCAAGCAAAUAGUUUGAGUUUGUAUAAAUCGCAUUAAUCGGUGCAUAAUAUUCUGUGUCAAAGUGUAGUGUUUAAAUCGAAAUCGAAUUUGAGCUCGCCUGUUGGCUUAAUUUGUUUGUUUGUGGCCCGUUUUCUUUGCGGUUUCCGUAGCAAUACACUUUGUGGCUUGCUUUCCGUGUCAGUUAGCAUGGCAACGUUUAUUUUAUUUUCGCCUUCUUAAUUGUCUAAAAGCAACGUUGUUAAGCUGACAGCUUAUUUUGUGUGGAGUAUAAUGAUCUAAGCUGAUAGAGCGAAAUCAGCCCUGUUUGCCGAAACGUAAUAAACGAGAAUGCAAAUCCUUUUGCUGUUGCCAGCACAAGGACGAUGAGCGAUCAAAGCGCGCGGCGAUAGAAAGGCGAGAGGCGAAGAGUAACAAAACACUAUCAGAGGAACUGCAAAUACGAGCGUUGCAAAGAAGACGCUAACAAGCAGUUCAAUAUAGUGUUCAUAGUGGGAACAAACCACAGCAAAAACAAAGCUAAAACAAGAAAGUCGAGAGCGAGCAGAGUAUCCCGAAAGGGAAAUAAACAAUUUACGCAAACGAUAAAAGUUAAUAAAACACUUAAGCGGAUUGUGCGACAGCAUUGCCAAAGCGACAACAACAACACUAGCACUGGCAAAAACAGCGAGAAAAGCGAAAAGAAACAAGCUACAAAGAUAAACGACACUGUGGCAACGAGGAAUUGUGUGGCAACAACACCAGCAGCACAUUAAAGUGGCCGAAGACCGAGCGCCACAGAGCAGGCGGGCGGAGUAGAACAAGCAGAUAUAUUGCUAGUGCAACAGCAGCUGAAAGAGCUACAACAGAAACAGCAAAAGGGGGCCAAUAGCAGAGUAUAAUCAAUCAAUAUCGACCGUUGGACGAGGCAGCGUGCAGCAAAAACAAGAACACACACAAAAAGUAGUGACAGCGGAGGACAUAAAUAACGGACGCAACUGAUAAGUAGUGCGACAGCGAGCGCAACAACAACAACAAACAGAAAUAUAAAAGAAAGUAGCUUGAAGUGGGCGCUGAGACAGCUUGCCGCACGCAUCUUCUUAGUUGCAAGUGAAAGCAGCAUUGUGUGCUGGACCUUAAUGCAAAUUACUUGAGAUAAUUUUAAGGAAGAUGAGCAAGAAGCGACGCUUGCUUGCAGCGACAACAACACAACAACGACAGACAACGCGCAGCAGCGCGCACACUAGCCGGACGCAAAGAGCGACAGGGACCACAGGUGCCAGCGCGCUAAGCAAGAUGCCGAGCGCUGUUGCCAUGACGUCGGUGGAUAAUGCGCAAACAAGCAGCAGCAACAACAAAAAUAGUGACACAAUUCAUUACAGCAACAUUGACAUAACACGCUGCAACGUCGGCCUCUACCAGCAGAGCGGCAGCAGCGGCGACGACGAUCAGCGACGAAGCGAAAACGCCAGCAGUAAAUCCCUUAGCUGCGUCAAUUGUGCAAGUGCAAUGUUAACGAUAAGUAAUGAGAAUAUUGGCAGGCGACAAGCAAGCUGCCUGCCAGCCACAGUCAACGCCAACAAAAUGCCGGCAUGUGGCAAGUACCAACGAAGCGCUGUGCAGCUGAGUGUGGGCAAUGCAAUGCAGGCAACAAAUACAGGGUCACAGCAAGUGCACCAUAGCGGCACUGCUAGCAGCGAGUUACGCAACUACAGCAACAACAUGAAAUAUACGCUUGCAACACACUCGGCGUUGCAACAGAAGUGCAAUAGUGAGCGCCAGGCAGCUGGUGGGCAGCUGCAAACAGAGCGCGGCAUGCAACAAGAGCAACGCAAAUGGCGUCAAACUCCGUCUGCACACGCAGCGGCAGCUGACAAGCCCAAAUUUGAGGCAGCGUCCUCCGCGGCCGAAACUUCGCAGUGUCAAAAUGCAGCAGCUGGAACAGAAACAAAAACAGAAAUCAAAACCAGCUCCCAGCCACUUUCAAUCAAGUUGACUACGUCGCCAAAGGUAAAUGUAGCAAUCGCUGCCAAUACGAAGAGAACAAGAAAAUCUUUGGAAGCGGCUUUCGUGUGUCCGCGCGCCGCUGAAGCGAACUCCGGCGCCGCACUGGCAGCUGCCAGUUCGUUGACUCCAACAGAUCCGUCUGUCAUACCUACGAACACCUACGCACCUGCAGCAUUACCAACAACAAGCAACACAACAACAACACGUGCCGCUGGCGCUCGCUGGUCUGAAGACUUCGUGUGCUGUCGUUCGUCAAAGUAUGCCUCCAACAGUGAAAUGAACAACAACAACGGCAGCAGCAUUGCAAAUGGUUUUGUUUGGUUAUUGCCCGUGCUCUGCCUGUUGGCUGCUUUCGGCUGUGGUCAAGCUGGCUUCGCUUGCCUGAGUAAUCCUUGCGUUUUUGGUGUCUGCAUCGAUGGCUUGAAUAGCAGCUCGUAUUCAUGCUACUGCAUCGACGGUUACACGGGAAUUCAGUGCCAAACAAAUUGGGAUGAAUGCUGGUCGGGGCCCUGCCAAAACGGCGGCACUUGCAUAGAUGGCGUCGCCUAUUACAACUGCACGUGUCCGGAUGGUUUUACUGGAAUCAAUUGCGAGGAAAACGUCGAUGAAUGCAUGUCGAACCCGUGUCAAAAUGGUGGACAUUGCCGUGACCGGAACAAUGGCUACACCUGCACCUGUCAGCCCGGCUACUUGGGCAUCAAUUGUGAAAUCGAUGUGGCUGUCUGCGAGACGGGAACCGGCGCGCGUUGCCAGAAUGGCGGCGAAUGUAUUGAAGGACCUGGCCUGGAGUUCUCUUGCGAAUGUACUGCCGGCUGGCAUGGACGCAUCUGUCAGGAAGAGAUCAACGAGUGCGAAUCGGCGCCGUGUCAGAAUGGCGGUGUGUGCGUGGAUAAGCUGGCAUCGUAUGUGUGUGCCUGUCCGAUGGGCUAUACGGGGAACAAUUGCGAGGAGGAGAUACUCAUUUGUGCGGACAAUCCGUGUCAGAACAAUGCGCUCUGCCUGAUGGAGGAGGGCAUACCGACCUGCUAUUGUGUGCCCGACUAUCAUGGCGAAAAGUGCGAGUAUCAAUAUGAUGAGUGUCAAUUGGGACCGCGUUGUAUGAACGGUGGUGUUUGUAUUGACGGUGUUGACACGUUUUCAUGCUCAUGUCCACCGCUGUUGACGGGCAUGCUCUGCGAGUGUCUAAUGAUUGGCGAGGAUUCGUUAGAUUGCAAUUAUACGGUGAGCAUAUCAACACUGCCACCGACAACAAUAAUACGACCAAUUACACCGACGGCUGCUGCACCUGUAACGACGACAAUGACAGCGGAAGUGACACCGCAUGUGUCCGCUGCACCGGUGGUGACAACAACAACAGCAGCACCAGGUGGCGCAGUAUCAGUGUCCACCUCCGCAGAGACCGAAGAAACGGAGAAAGAGGCUGGUGCGGGUGUUGGCAUAGAAAAAGCCAAACCACCGCCUGAGACCGCCACUACAGCAGGCAGCGCCAUAUCCGCUUCAUCGGAGGAAAAGCCGCAUACCACGGAAGCAUCACGUUCGUACACAGCUGAGUCGGGUAGUAGCGUUGAGUCGUCCUACUCGUCCGAAGGUAGUGCGUCGGUGGAGGGCGGUACAUCCGAUGAGUAUACGACGCCCUCGCAUGUAGAUGCUAGCAGCGCUGAGGAAGAUGUGCCCACAACGGCUAAAACAACAAUAAGUGCCGCAGGCUCAGACUAUACGCCUGGCUCAUCUGCUGUUUCAAAAAGUGCGGAAUCGGAUGAAGGUCCAGCCAUCACUUAUUCCACACGUCCACCAUUCAAGCACUAUGUUACCACCAUCGAGACCACAUUCUCCAUUGAUUACACUACUGCAAGACCCACCUCUUUUCGGCCCACACCUACGAUAUUCUUCCCAAGCAGCACAGCGCAUGUAUUACCAGACCUGCCUGGCAAACACAUUCACACCGAGUACCCUGAGUAUCCGGAUCAAGAUGUGACCUCGCCACAUCGUAUAACCACUACGGUGGCGCCAUUCUUUACCGAAUACCCCGAAGUUGCGGUCACCACACGUUACAAAGACUUUACCAGCAAAGACUUGAGUAUGAUAACAACCGGACGACCAACAACAUAUCCCUCAACACCGCCAUCCUUGACAUCCACCAUUGUGCGUAUUGGCAGCACUUUGCACCCACAGGCCGGUGGCGAAAUUGUGCCGUCAACUGCGACACCGACAACCGGUGUGCCCGCAGAACGACCAGACGCGCAUCAUCAUCAUCAUCACCAUCACCACCAUCACCACAGCACACAUGCGCCGCCAACCGCCGCUGAGGAAUAUACACAACCACCACAAACCACACAGACGCACAUCUAUCCGCACGUGACGACGCAUACCACCGAGCAUACGCACUAUCACACCACACAUCGACAUCAUUAUGAAGGUGCGCCAACCACUUUGUCAGCGCCAUUGCCAACGACUGCCGAAGUUACCACAACACAACCACUCUAUACCGACGAUUUGGUUAGCCACACCACAAAGCCACGCCCAGCUGCAACGCCGACAGUGUCAGUGCCGAUACCAACAACACUUGCGUCCGAGUCAGAAUCUGCGGAAACUACACAGCCACCGCAACCACCACCAAUCAUAACGCCAACAGAACCAUCAAUACCCGCCGCGCCAUUACCAAUAACAACGCUGCCGCCACCACCAUUACCGCCGUCAACGGCAACACCAACCGUGGUGGCCACAUAUCCGCCACCGACGGAACUGGCGCCUGCUCCUGGCACACCCGCACCGGCGCCAACCACCACCGUGCCGAUCUACAGCACCUAUGCGCCGCCAAGCAGCAAACCCGUCACCACGACAGCGGCCAGCAGUGAGGAAGUGGAGAGCGCCAAUACGGUGGCCACGGACGUUGAAACGGGCAUAGCACGCGGCGGCGCGACGCCUGUUGGUGGCGCUGCUGGCGUUGAUAAUACCACCGAAGUGGAUUGCAUAAAAAUGGGCUGCUAUAAUGGCGGCACUUGUGUCACGACAUCGGAGGGUUCACGGUGCGUCUGCCGCUUUGACCGCCAAGGUGCACUGUGCGAGUUACCCAUCAUCAUCAAGAAUGCCGCCUUCUCCGGCGAUUCAUAUGUGUCGCACCGCAUCCACAAGGACAUACCACAUCAUGACUCAUUGGAUUCGGUGCUGCCAAUGCAUGUACAACUGAAGGUGCGCACACGUGCCACAAACGGACUGAUAAUGCUGGCCGCUGCUCAGGGCACCAAAGGCGGUCACUAUAUGGCGUUGUUCCUGCAGAAGGGCCUAUUGCAAUUCCAAUUCUCUUGCGGUUUACAAACGAUGCUGCUCAGUGAGCUGGAGACACCGGUGAAUACGGGCAAUGAGAUAACAAUAAGAGCCGAAUUGGACUUCAGUCGCAAUUACACGCACUGCAAUGCCUCACUGUUGGUCAACGACACGCUUGCCAUGUCGGGCGAUCAGCCGACCUGGCUGAAAUUGCUGCCGCCGCGCAUGCACACACCGGAAGUGAUACUCAAUACAUGGUUGCAUUUAGGUGGCGCUCCACAAGCGCCGAUCGGCCUGAUUAUCGAAUUGCCACCAGCUCAGAGUGGCACCGGCUUCACGGGCUGCCUGCAUUCGUUGCGCAUAAACGAAGAGACGCGCGAGAUAUUCGGUGACGCUUUGGACGGCUUUGGCAUAACGGAAUGCGGCUCGCUCGCCUGCUUGUCGAGUCCUUGUCGCAACGGCGCUGCUUGCAUUAAAAUCGAAACCAACGAAGUUGAUGAGAAUGGCGAAAAGGCGGAGAAGUGGAAAUGCAAAUGUCCAACCGGUUAUAUGGGACCAACUUGUGAAAUCUCCGUUUGUGAAGAUAAUCCCUGCCAGUAUGGCGGCACUUGCGUACAAUUUCCAGGCAGCGGCUACCUCUGCUUAUGCCCGUUGGGCAAGCACGGUCACUACUGCGAACACAAUUUUCCUGCCCAUACGAUUUCCCCCGCUACAAUCAAGAAUCUUACAGAUCUCGAAGUCGCGCUACCGUCGUUCUCGGGCAGCGUCAAUGGACUCUCGUCAUUUGUCGCCUACACUAUGCCCAUACCAUUGGAAUACUCGAUUGAGUUAAGCUUCAAGAUAUUACCGCAAACCAUGUCCCAAAUAUCAUUGCUCGCGUUCUUAGGGCAAUCCGGUUACCACGAUGAGAAGAGCGAUCAUUUAGCGAUCAGCUUCAUACAAGGCUACAUUAUGCUCACUUGGAAUUUGGGUGGCGGACCGCGACGCAUAUUUACACAGAAACCGAUUGAUUUCCGUUUGGAUGCACCGCGUGUGCCGUACGAGAUCAAGGUUGGACGCAUUGGACGUCAGGCCUGGCUUUCGGUGGAUGGUAAAUUCAAUAUUACUGGUCGUUCACCGGGCAGCGUUAGUCGCAUGGAUGUUAUGCCCAUACUCUAUUUGGGUGGACAUGAGAUAGCGAAUUUCAAUACGUUACCGCACGAUCUGCCGCUACAUUCGGGCUUCCAGGGUUGUAUCUACGAUGUGAACUUGAAGGCGGGACAAGUGACAGUGCCGCUGCAGGAGACGCGCGGUGUGCGUGGACGCGGUGUGGGACAAUGUGGCACCAGAGAAUGCCACCGGCAUGCUUGUCAACACGACGGUGCCUGUUUGCAACAUGGCGCUACUUUCACCUGCAUCUGCCAAGAAGGCUGGUACGGACCACUGUGUGCUCAGCCCAUCAAUCCAUGUGACUCAUUCAACAACAAAUGCGCCGAAGGCUCAACGUGUGUGCCGCUGGUAAAUGGUUACGAGUGCGAUUGUCCGGUGGGCAGAACGGGCAAGAAUUGUGAUGAAGAUAUACGCUCGCUAAGUGAUGUCUCAUUGACCGGUCGUCGCUCUUACUUGGCUGUACGUUGGCCCUACCUCUAUGAUAGCUCCGAUAAACUUGGUUCGAAGCGUUCGCAAAUUAUCAGUUAUCGCAACUUUACGAAGAAACUAAUGCCACCGAAACCGAUUGCUUCCUCAAAUCAGCACUUCGUAAUGAAGUUGCUCAACGAAGUAGAAAAACAACGUAAUUUCUCACCUGUACCGCUUAUGGGCUCGAAGACUUUCGAGGAACAUCAUCGCGUGCAAUUCUUCUUCAUUGAAUUCCAAUUGCGUCCGCUCUCUGAACGUGGUCUACUACUCUACUUUGGCACUUUGAAUAAUAAUCAGGAUAAGAAAGUCGGUUUCGUGUCACUCUCACUACAGGGUGGUGUUGUGGAAUUCCGCAUUUCUGGUCCUAGUAGCCAUGUGACGGUCGUACGGAGCGUACGUAUGCUCGCAAUUGGUGAAUGGCAUAAGAUCAAGAUGGCACAACGUGGCCGCUGGCUGACGCUUUGGGUUGAGGGUAGCGCAUCAUCGGCGCUAGCACCUUCCGCCGAAGUACUUGUUGAACCUGAUUCCCUGUUAUACAUUGGUGGUCUCAAAGACUUAUCGAAAUUGCCACAUAACGCCAUUUCUGGCUUCCCCAUACCAUUCCGUGGCUGCGUACGCGGUUUGGUGGUCAGCGGUACGCGCAUUGUGCUGAACGAAACAAAUAUAAUGGAUUCUCGCAAUAUUCGCGACUGUGAUGGCACUGCAUGUGGCGGCGAUUCUUGCGAGGCGGGUGGCCAUUGCUGGCUCGAUGAGAAACUGCAACCGCAUUGUAUUUGCCCCGAAUAUGCGAAAGGUGAUCGUUGCGAAUACUCGGAGAGUUGUAAGCUGAUACCAUGCAAGAAUAAUGGUCGUUGUUUGCGCAGCGGACGUUGCUCAUGUCCGAAUGGCUGGGGUGGAUUUUACUGUGAAAUAGCCAUGAGUAAGCCCACAACGCCAAGCUUCCGUGGUAAUAGUUACCUGAUCUUGCCGCCGCCCCGCAUACCGAUGAAAGACAAACGUCGCGGUCCAUCCAUGUAUGUCCGACCACGUGAAGCCAUUCAAGUUUCGUUGAAUUUCUCCAGCAUCGAACCCGACGGCCUGCUGCUGUGGAGCGAGCACGAUCGUAAUAAAUUUUUGGGCUUAGGCUUAGAGAAUGGUCACCUGAAAAUGGCUAGCAAUUUGUUAGAUUCCAAUAAUGAUACCGUGGAGAUGCCAUCGACCGGCUUCAUUGCGGAUGGCAGUUGGCACUUGGCAAAGGUCAUAAUGGAUCGCAAUCGUUUGGAGUUGCAAUUGGAUGGUGAAGUGAUAUUCUCAGAGAAGGUGCUAGACGCGGCAGCUGCUGCGUUAGCAGCAACAACACAACGAACAGUGUUAACGACGCGACGCUCGUUUGCGGCACGGCGUGGUAAGGAACCAUCAAUCACCUACGAGGAUGUCUUCUAUUUGGGUGGCUUCCCGAACCAAGAACUGGUUAGUGUACGCACACUCGGUCGCUUCAACGAACCCUUCAAAGGCUGUCUGCAGGAUAUACAAUUCGGUGCCGAACCAACUGCCGUUAUAACCGAUUUCUCAGCUUACAGAGGCGAGAAUAUUGGCUCAUGUGAUCUACAUGGAGAUGAACCAUUCAUUGUAUAGGAGCGGGAACGCGACGUGUGACAACAACAACAACAACAAAAGAGAGAUUACAAAUCUUCGGUGUAAAAGAACGAUAAAAAUAACAACUCAAACAAACAAUCAUACAUACAUACAUACAUACGAAAACUUGAAGAAAGCUUAAAAGUUGUGUUUAUUUUAUUAAAAUGAGUGGAGCAAAGAGAGCGAGUGUAAAAGAGCGUAAACUAUUGUAGACAGUUAUGUAUGUAUGCUUGUGGGUGUUUAAAGAGCAAAUGCUUAAACUCAAUAAAGUUGAACUAAAAGCAAAAAGGAC